AUGCCACGCACGGAGAACUUUACGGAGGCGCUGCAGCUCACGCACAACUUUGACCCGAGCGUGCCGUACAGUGCCCGGCUCGAGGCGGAGCGCUACCUGAUGGAUCUCCUUGAGAGCGCGGAGGGGCUGAAGCUGAGUUUUCACAUCAUCAGCAACGAGGCGGUGGACGAGCUGCGGUCCUUCUGGGCCUUCAACACGGUGAUGCACCACCUCCCGAAGCUGGCGGUCACGGUGGACGCUGAGCAGGCACAGGAGUUUUACCACACGCUCUUCUCUUUCAUUCACCGGUACCUCUUCGCGUCCCCAGCCGUGACGCCGAUCGACUACGUCAUCAACAAGCACGCUCAGAUGAUGGUGGCGGGACUGCAGCUGUUCUACCCAGCGCGCUGGCCGUCGAUUUUCGACGAUCUGUUUGAGAUGCUCCACCGCCGCUCGACGAGCCCAUGCCUCCCCACUGCCGAUCUUGUGACCAUCUACGUGUUGCGCAUCUUCGAGUACAUUGAUGAGCGUGUUGUCUGUGUGCGCGAUCGACAGGAGCGCGGCAAGCAGCAGCAGGCUCGCGACAUGGAGUUGAAGGACGCGAUGCGUGAACGCGUCCUUCCGAAGGCGGCGGAUAUGUGGUACAACAUACUCAUCAGCGACGCCUGUGUGCGCAACCCCGACAUGGCAAAACUGUGUCUGAGUGUGAUGCAAACCUACAUUGAGUGGGCCGAUGUGAACCUCUUCAUGACGGAGAACUGGAUCCAUCUCCUGUACUUUCUCCUCACUGUGCCGCCCUUGCGGGUCGCAGCCUGCGAGUGUCUGUUAUCGCUGGUGGAGAAGAAGCAGCUGCCUGGCCUAAAGAUGAGAUCCCUUCGCACCCUGAGCGUUGUCGACUCGGUGCCACGCAUGAUGUCGCUGUUCGAGCUCCCGCCACCCUCGGAGGCGGCGGUGCUUUUCAUGGAAGCGGUCGCCAAGUUCGCCGUGGCCGUAGCCGGCCAGUUUCUUUCCCUGCUUGACACUUGCGCGUCGCUUGCCCAGCAGCAGCCGUCCACCCGCUCGGCUGCCACGGUUGAGGUAAGUGGUGUGGUGCUGCAUGACGAACCCUUCACCGUCACGGCUGACCUUCUUGACGGGCUCGCCGGUGCAUUGCACGCCGUCGUUGGGCAGGUGAUUCUAGUGCUGCAUCUGAAUCUGUUCGACGUGCGCGACGCCCUGCUACCCUUUCUGCAGGUCUAUCUCAAGAGUGCGUACCUGCUGGAGUCCGAGGCUGCGGAGCUGCUCGCGACGUUAUUCCACCAAACAAGGAUCCCCGGCGUGGCCUACGACGAGGAUCGCAUCUGGGACGACACAGUCAUUGAUCAGCGGAAGACGCUGCAUAACUUGCUGCGGCUGCUGCACCGCCGUCGGCCUGACCUCGUCAUGUCACAUCUUCACAGUCUUGUCUUGACCGGGCUCAGUCGGCUGAGCGAGGGCGGCGACGUAGCAAGGGCUUCCACAGCGAAGGAUGACGCGGACUUCACGGAUCCUGAGGUGCUGGAGGCGGCGCUGCGGUACCUCUACGAGAUCGGUGAGUCUCUCCGUCUGGAGAGCCUCAAAGACCCCAACGACAGCAUCACGCAGCUGCUGCAGCGUGUCCUGACGACGGAGGCGGUGGUCAGUGGCGAGGCCACCUGUGUGCACCUCGCCUUCUUUGAAGUGCUAGGCCGCUACUACCUCUUCUUCACGUACCACCCGGAGUUCAUCCCGCUGCUGCUUCAGCGGCUGCUCCUGCAGCCGUGCGGCGUUAUGAGUCGCAGCGACCGUGUACGGGCCCGCAUCUGCUACUUAUUCGGUUACCUGUUGCAGCUGCUGAAGAGCCGGAUCGGCACCUACGCGGCGGACAUGAUCAAGGCACUGCACAGCAUCGUCACGACCGCGCCGCAGCUGCAGCCCGGCGAUCGCCGCGAGCUCUACGAGGCGAUCGGGAUCCUGCUCAGUAUCUGUAGUGAGGAGGCGAGCCCUGCUCUAGACGGCGGGUCGUCAGAGGCUCUGCGGUUGCUCACUGCCUCGGCCAGCAUCGACGACUACGGUGCUACGGCGGUGUCCAGCGCCGUUCUGGCAGAGGCGGCGCCGCUGCUGGGCCGCAAGGCAGAACUCGUGCACACCGUCGUGGGCUCAGCGCUGCAAACCCUCCAGCAGGCCAGCGCCUCCUGUGCUGGCAUGAACGGCGGCGCGGCAGGCUGUAGCGGUCAUGCUGCCGCUCGGAGUGUCGCCGUGGCGGAGCGUACCGUGGCGGAUGUCAUCUCCUUCCUGAGCGCUCUAGCGAAGGGACUGGGCAGCACGGGGAGCAGCAGCGGUGCAGGGUCGGCAGCGGGCAGUGGCGUGAGCAACAGAUCGGUGUCGCCUCCGAACGGCUCCGUGCCUGGUCCGUGGCGCAUAGGCACCAAUCCCAACGCGUCCGGCGUAGCCGUCGAUGGACUGCUCGCUGCGUGCGGUGCGUCGUCGGAUGCCUCACUCAGCACCUCGUCGGCGAUGUCGGCGACAGGCUUGCUCGUUACGCAGAUGUUUCUGCAGGUGACGCAGCGGGUGAUGGAGGUGGCGAACCAGAUGGCGGGCAGCGCCGCGGUGCGCGACGUUGUAGGGCAGUUUUUCCAUCAACUCAUCAACACGCUGCCGUACGAGAUGCUGCGGCCGUACAUUGAGGGGUACGUCACAGUCUGCCUCAACUGGAUGGAGGCUGUACCGGAGCUGUCGAAGGUGCUGCGGCUGAUGUUUCAGUACGCGAACAAAGCCGGCAGUCGCGGCGUGCUCUCCGUUGCGCGGCUUACCCCGCUGCUGUGGCACCGACUUUGCGCGGUUGGUGAGCUGAGUGAGGCGUCACCGGUGGUGUGCAUGGGCGUGGUCAGCGAGAGCGCACGCGAGCGGGUCAACGUGUACAAGCAGCUCUUCACGUUUCUCUUCAGCGUCUCCACGUGGGGCUGCGUGGCAGCCUUUGCGCUCAUGCCGUCUGCGUGCUGGAUGUCCAUUCUGCGGCAGCUGUGCUAUGCGCUGACGUUGCCGACCGAGCUGGAGCUGCCCAAGUCGGCGCUGCAGGUGCUGGAGAAGCUCACGCAGGAGCUGACAGAUCCCGUUGUCGCUCAGGCGGUGGCACAAUACAGCAGCGCCACUGAUGUGGUGGAUGCUGCGACAGCGCAGAGGAAUCAGCACGUCUUCAGUGAGUGCCUCUUGCAGGAAGCCCUGCCCACAGCCUUCGGCGCACUGGCCGACCCCUCCUUCGACCUCGACGACGCCAAGAAUUUUCUGCUGCUGGGCGAGGUGUUGCAGUUUUUUCGCGUGUUGGUGGCGCGAUACGGUGAACCGGCGAUGCAGGUGUUGUAUGAGCGCGUGGCGCCGUAUGUGGGUGAGGCGACAGCGAUGGAGUGUUGUACCGUGAUACGCGACCAACCACGCGUGAACGCGGCGCUGAAGGUAAAGAUGAAGCAGCUGCUGAGUCGCGUGCAUGAGUAUCAACGUCGAACGCCGGCAAACCGCUUGUCGUGA